UCCAAUUUAAUAAAUGUUUAUUUAAUCUUUUAUAUUUGAUCAUUUCAUAUGCAGCACAAAUUGCACCUGAUUUUGUUCAAAUUGAGGAUGAAACUUAUCUUCUAGAUCAAGAUGAUGAUAAAGUUUCCACAAAACUUAGUGAGGAGACAGCUCCAUCAUCACAAAAAAGUGAUCAGUCAACCAAAAUGAAAACAAGAUACAAAAUGGUUGCAAGGAAAAACAAAAACAAAAGCCUUGUUGUUGUGCCAAGUGGUAGAAUUACAAGGAGCCAAGAUGUUCUGUUAGAUGAAUCUGAAAAGGGAAGCCUGAAGAAGGAUGUUGAACCUGCUAAAGAAACCGCAAAAAUAGGACAGAAGAGAAGAAUGUCUACAAGGAAUUUUCCUAUUCAAAAGGAAGCUGAUGCACCACCUCCAGCACCUACUCCAAUAAAAAAAAUGGCAGGUGCUCCUGCUGAAUAUCCUCCAGACCAAGGCAAAAAGGGUGGGAAAAAGAAAACUCUAGAAGAAGUGAAGAAAACUUCUAAGGUUGCUGGCAAAAGAAAAGCAGAUGUCAGUCCUGCCAAGAGAAAUGCUGGAAAGAGAAAAAAAAUACAAGAAGUACCAUCAGAUGAACCCUCUCAAGAUCCUACUGAUGAAAGUUCUACUGACAGUGAUGAUGAUAGUGAAGAGUCAGUUUAUAGAGCAGAAGAAGAGCCUGUCAGUGAGGAUGAUUAUGAGGUGGAGGAAGAGGAGGAAGAGGAAGAAGUAAAGCCAAGGAAGAAACAGGCAAAGAAAGGGAAUUCAGUGAAGGCAAAGGUUGAAAAGGAGGAGCAAAAGAUGGUACUGUAUGAUGAAGGAAAGAUUGAAGGUAGGAGAAAAAAGAAAAUGAAAACUGAAAUGGUUCAAGCAAUAGAAACUGAUGAAGUUGAGGAAAUUCAGGAAGAUGAAUUUGAGGAAGAGAAAUUUUCAAAGAGAGGAGGACAUGUGAAGUUCAUUGCAUGGAUAAAAAAGAUGACACCUACCCAAAAACAACAAGUUAUUGAUAUAGGGUUAGGAUCACUUCUUGACAUUAGUUUACCUCAACUUGAUCAAAAGUUCUGUAACUGGUUAUUGGGAAGUUUUGAAGAAAAUAGCCAGUGUUUUGAACUACCAAAGAAUGAAAAAAUAGAAAUUGAGGUAGAGGAUGUUAGGGUAGUUUAUGGCUUGCCUACAGGAGAAAUUCCAAUUGUUGAGCCAAAGUCUGAUAAAAUUAGUGAGGAGUAUGCAGAAUUUCUGAAGAAAUGGAGAAAAUCAUGGUCAGGAAAAACUCCAUCAGUGAGUCAGAUUGUGAAUGGAUACAUAAAUGAUAAAUUCACCAACAACAGACCACCAAGUGAACAUUUCAUUACUAACUUUUUAGCAGUGGCUGUGAACUGCUUGAUGAAAUGUGUAUCAAACAAUCAAUGCCAUUUCAAAUUUCUUUAUUCUAUGAUGGACAAAGAAAACAUAAAAAAUUUGAACUGGUGUCAGUUUGUAUAUGACUCACUUAUCAAAUGUCAUGUUGAUUGGAGAAAGCAGCAAGGCAAGGGGUUCUACAAAGGCCCUCUUCAAUUUCUGAUGUUGUUCUAUUUUGAUAGAGUUCAGAGGUUAGACAAAAGGCCUCCAAGAACAAUUCCUAUCAUAUCUGCAUGGAAUAGAGACAUGGUUCUUGAGAGGUUGAAGAUUGAAUUAGAAUUGGGAUUUGGGAGAGGGAAAAUUCUACCAAGGAUUGCUGCAGAAGUUGAAGAAAGUCCUAAGGUUUUUAUGGAUGAUUUUGUUUCCCUGGUAAAAACAACUUGUUCAAACCUGUCAAAGCUUUCUUCAAAAUUGGUGAAGGCAAAGGAUAUCUUCCCUGGAAAUGACUUGGUGAAAAAAGUUGAUGAAGUUUUAGGAAAGGUGGUAGCUAGGGAACCAUCAAUUCUAAGCCAAGAUGAAGAAUUCUUUGGCAGUGAGGAUUUCCUAAAUGCACUUGCACAAGCUGAGAAGAAUCUGAUGCAAGGGUCUGAAAAGCAAACAACUGAGAAGCAAAUGACUGGGAAGAAAUUAACCAAAAAGGGAAAGGAAAAAGAACAAGAAUAUGACAUCAGAAAAGCUUUCAGCUUGGGGUUGACUCCACCUUCUCCAGCCAUUGAAACAGGGCCCACCUUUUCAACACUUGGUGAUAUAAUUGAACAACCAAUAAUUUCAACAAAUGCUGGAGAAAAGGAUGUGGGUAAAACUUCAGCAGCUUCAGAACAAAGAAUUGAAGAAUUUUCUAGAACUGAUGCAGGAUCUGGUUCAGUGGUUGAUGCUGACCCUAGGUCAGAUGGUGGUGAAAAAAGUGAUGAUCCAAAAAACACAGUUGGAGGUGGAAAACAAAACAAGGAAGAUGUUUUUGAAAAAAACAAAAAAUGAUGAAAAAGUGGAGGGGUAAAAUCCUGAAGACAUGUCUUACUAUUAGGGUUAUGUAAUGGUGUAGGAUAAAAUAUCUAGAUGGAACAAUUUAACUUAUGUUACUAUCGUGUUGUAACUUGAAACUGGUGUUUCUCAAACUAUUGUAUGUGUGAACAUUAUUUUGUUGAAUAUGUAAUAUGAAUGUGUGGUUUAUGUUAAAUCAAUAGGUUUAUGUUAAA